AUGCCAUCCUUCCUGGAAGUCUCACAUUUGGGUAUGGGCUGGCCAGGCCGCAUUCCACCCCUCAAGACAGACUAUUGGCACAUCCAAGACCUGCUCUUCUACACAUUGCUGUUAUAUCCUGUUAGUGUUCCCGAAAUUGAUGAGUGUUCUGCAGGAAUCGCUGCUUGUGAGCAAAUUUGCAUCGAUACUCUAGUUAGUUUUAACUGCUCAUGUAAUGCAGGUUACAGAAUUAACCAACAAAAUCCUUAUCGAUGUGAUGAUAUCAAUGAAUGCGAUACACCUUCUCUCAACAAUUGUACAAGCAAUUCUCUUUGUAUAAACACAAAUGGCUCUUAUUCCUGUGAGUGCCUCCCAGGAUAUUCUGGCCUCAACUGUACAGAUGAAAUAAAGACAACAAUGGCACAGACAUCUGCAAAGUAUAAUAUUUCAGUAGCAACAUCAUUUCCUCUCUCUUUUCAAUCUGCUGGUGGAUCAACAUCUCGUGUGAAUACUACAGAUUCCAGUUCAGUUCCUACAAAUGAAAUCACAAGCAACAAAACUGUGGAAUCACCCACAGCACCAGCUACUGAAACAACAACAGUAUAUCUUAAUACCACUAUGAUUGCAGCUGGCACAACAUCCAGCGCAAGAGAAGAUGUUCAUUCAACCCAGGGCUCACAUUCCAGUACUACAUCUUCUAGCAAUGACAGUGUGACAACAGCAUUAAGUACCACUGAAAGUAUGACUAUAAAUACUGCUGAAAGUGUCCCUUCUUCCAUAAUUACUGAAAUGUCUACUGAAUUACAUUCUAUACCUUCUGAGACUACAUCAAAUGAACCAUCUGCUUCUUCACACCUAACAUCACCAAAGGUAACAAUAAAAGAAACAUUGAGUACAAAAAUUAUUUCAGAUUCAGAAACAACAAGCAGAUCUGGGAUAUCAACCUCUGAAUAUCAAACAAACUUUGACUUUACAGCUACAAAAACAUUGACUACAUUAUCUACAUUUACAUCAGAAUCUGGCAUGUCUUUAUCCUCAUCUACUGAAGCAUCCAGUACCUCCACUACUGUAUCCACACUGGAACCCAGACCAACUCCCAUAUAUACCUCAGAUUUCAGCAGUAUAUCUCCUUCCUCAUCUACUGAGAAAAUCACUACUUAUGAGUCAUCAUCCAAAUUGCAAACAACUAUGUUGACUGAAAAAACUGCUGAAAGUGAAAGUUCCCCUGCUUCUCUAACAACUGAACAGUCUACUGAAUUACAUUCUAUCCCAUCUGAGACUACCUCAAACGAACCAUCUGAUUUUUCACGUCAAACGUCGCCAAAGGAAACAAUAAUGCAAACAUUGAGUACAGAUAUGAUUUCAGCUUCAGAAGCAACAAGCAGGUCUGAGCUAUCAACCUCUGAAUAUCAAAAAAUCUUUGACAUUACAUCUAUAAAAACAUUGACUACUUUAACUAAAUUUACAUCAGAACCCAGCAUGUCUUUUGCCUCAUCUACUGACACCUCCAGUACCUCUACUGUGGAUACAAUAUCCACAUUGGAACCCAGACCAACUCCGAUAUAUACGUCAGAUUUCAGCAGCAUAUCCCCUUCCUCAUCUACUGACGCUUCCAGUACCUCUACUACUGUAUCCACACUGGAACCCAGACCAACUCCCAUAUAUACGUCAGAUUUCAGCAGCAUAUCCCCUUCCUCAUCUUCUGAGAAAAUCACUACUUUCGAGUCAUCAUCCAAAUUGCAAACAACUAUGUUGACUGAAAAAACUUCUGAAAGUGAAAGUUCCCCUGCUUCUCUAACAACUGAACAGUCUACUGAAUUACAUUCUAUCCCAUCUGAGACUACCUCAAACGAACCAUCUGAUGUUUCACAUUUAACAUCACUAGAGGGGACAAAAAGGGAAACAUUGAGUACAAAUAUGAUUUCACCUUCAGAAGCAACAAGCAGGUCUGGGCAAUCAACCUCAGAAUAUCAAACGACCUUUGACUUUACAUCUACAAAACCAAUGACUACAUUAUCUACAUUUACAUCAGAACCCGGCAUGUCUUUAGCCUCAUCUACUGAAACCUCCAGUACCUCUACUAUUGUAUCCACAUUGGAACCCAGACCAACUCCCAUAUAUACCUCAGAUUUCAGCAGCAUAUCCCCUUCUUCAUCUACUGAGAAAAUCACUACUUUCGAGUCAUCAUCCAAAUUGCAAACAACUAUAUUGACUGAAAAAACUGUUGAAAGUGAAAGUUCCCCUGCUUCUCUAACAACUGAACAGUCUACUGAAUUACAUUCUAUCCCAUCUGAGACUACCUCAAAUGAACCAUCUGAUUUUUCACGUCUAACGUCGCCAAAGGAAACAAUAAUGGAAACAUUGAGUACAGAUAUGAUUUCAGCUUCAGAAGCAACAAGCAGGUCUGAGCUAUCAACCUCUGAAUAUCAAAAAAUCUUUGACAUUACAUCUAUAAAAACAUUGACUACUUUAACUAAAUUUACAUCAGAACCCAGCAUGUCUUUUGCCUCAUCUACUGACACCUCCAGUACCUCUACUGUGGAUACAAUAUCCACAUUGGAACCCAGACCAACUCCGAUAUAUACGUCAGAUUUCAGCAGCAUAUCCCCUUCCUCAUCUACUGACGCUUCCAGUACCUCUACUACUGUAUCCACACUGGAACCCAGACCAACUCCCAUAUAUACGUCAGAUUUCAGCAGCAUAUCCCCUUCCUCAUCUUCUGAGAAAAUCACUACUUUCGAGUCAUCAUCCAAAUUGCAAACAACUAUGUUGACUGAAAAAACUUCUGAAAGUGAAAGUUCCCCUGCUUCUCUAACAACUGAACAGUCUACUGAAUUACAUUCUAUCCCAUCUGAGACUACCUCAAACGAACCAUCUGAUGUUUCACAUUUAACAUCACUAGAGGGGACAAAAAGGGAAACAUUGAGUACAAAUAUGAUUUCACCUUCAGAAGCAACAAGCAGGUCUGGGCAAUCAACCUCAGAAUAUCAAACGACCUUUGACUUUACAUCUACAAAACCAAUGACUACAUUAUCUACAUUUACAUCAGAACCCGGCAUGUCUUUAGCCUCAUCUACUGAAACCUCCAGUACCUCUACUAUUGUAUCCACAUUGGAACCCAGACCAACUCCCAUAUAUACCUCAGAUUUCAGCAGCAUAUCCCCUUCUUCAUCUACUGAGAAAAUCACUACUUUCGAGUCAUCAUCCAAAUUGCAAACAACUAUAUUGACUGAAAAAACUGUUGAAAGUGAAAGUUCCCCUGCUUCUCUAACAACUGAACAGUCUACUGAAUUACAUUCUAUCCCAUCUGAGACUACCUCAAAUGAACCAUCUGAUUUUUCACGUCUAACGUCGCCAAAGGAAACAAUAAUGGAAACAUUGAGUACAGAUAUGAUUUCACCUUCAGAAUCAACAAGCAGGUCUGAGCAAUUAACCUCUGAAUAUCAAACGACCUUUGACUUUACAUCUACAAAACCAAUGACUACAUUAUCUACAUUUACAUCAGAACCCGGCAUGUCUUUAGCUUUAUCUACUGAAACCUCCAGUACCUCUACUAUUGUAUCCACAUUGGAACCCAGACCAACUCCCAUAUAUACCUCAGAUUUCAGCAGCAUAUCCCCUUCCUCAUCUAUUGAGAAAAUCACUACUUUCGAGUCAUCAUCCAAAUUGCAAACAACUAUGUUGACUGAAAAAACUUCUGAAAGUGAAAGUUCCCCUGCUUCUCUAACAACUGAACAGUCUACUGAAUUACAAUCUAUAGCAUCUGAGACUACCUCAAACGAACCAUCUGAUGUUUCACAUUUAACAUCACCAAAGGGAACAAAAAUGGAAACAUUGAGUACAAAUAUGAUUUCACCUUCACAAUCAACAAGCAGGUCUGAGCAAUCUACCUCUGAAUAUCAAACGACCUUUGACUUUACAUCUACAAAACCAAUGACUACAUUAUCUACAUUUACAUCAGAACCUGCCAUGUCUUUAGUCUCAUCUACUGAAACCUCCAGUACCUCUACUAUUGUAUCCACAUUGGAACCCAGACAAACUCCCAUAUAUACCUCAGAUUUCAGCAGCAUAUCCCCUUCCUCAUCUACUGAGAAAAUCACUACUUUCGAGUCAUCAUCCAAAUUGCAAACAACUAUGUUGACUGAAAAAACUUCAGAAAGUGAAAGUUCCUCUGCUUCUCUAACAACGGAACAAUCUACUGAAUUACAUUCUAUCCCAUCUGAGACUACCUCAAAUGAACCAUCUGAUUUUUCACACCUAACAUCACCAAAGGAAACAAUAAUGGAAACAUUGAGUACAGAUAUGAUUUCACCUUCAGAGUCAACAAGCAAGUCUGAGCAAUCAACCUCUGAAUAUCAAACGACCUUUGACUUUACAUCUACAAAACCAAUGACUACAUUAUCUACAUUUACAUCAGAACCCGGCAUGUCUUUAGCCUCAUCUACUGACACCUCCAGUACCUCUACUAUUGUAUCCACAUUGGAACCCAGACCAACUCCCAUGUAUACCUCAGAUUUCAGCAGCAUAUCCCCUUCCUCAUCUACUGAGAAAAUCACUACUUUCGAGUCAUCAUCCAAAUUGCAAACAACUAUGUUGACUGAAAAAACUUCUGAAAGUGAAAGUUCCCCUGCUUCUCUAACAACUGAACAGUCUACUGAAUUACAUUCUAUCCCAUCUGAGACUACCUCAAACGAACCAUCUGAUGUUUCACAUUUAACAUCACCAGAGGGGACAAAAAUGGAAACAUUGAGUACAAAUAUGAUUUCACCUUCAGAAGCAACAAGCAGGUCUGGGCAAUCAACCUCUGAAUAUCAAACGACCUUUGACUUUACAAAACCAAUGACUACAUUAUCUACAUUUUCAUCAGAACCCGGUAUGUCUUUAGUCUCAUCUACUAACACUUCCAGUACCUCUACUACUGUAUCCACACUGGAACCCAGACCAACUCCCAUAUAUACGUCAGAUUUCAGCAGCAUAUCCCCUUCCUCAUCUACUGAGAAAAUCACUACUUUCGAGUCAUCAUCCAAAUUGCAAACAACUAUGUUGACUGAAAAAACUUCUGAAAGUGAAAGUUCCCCUGCUUCUCUAACAACUGAACAGUCUACUGAAUUACAUUCUAUCCUAUCUGAGACUACCUCAAACGAACCAUCUGAUGUUUCACAUUUAACAUCACCAAAUGGAACAAAAAUGGAAACAUUGAGUACAAAUAUGAUUUCACCUUCUGAAUCAACAAGCAGGUCUGGGCAAUCAACCUCUGAAUAUCAAACAACCUUUGACUUUACAUCUACAAAACCAAUGACUUCCAUAUCUACAUUUUCAUCAGAACCCGGCAUGUCUUUAGUCUCAUCUACUGAUGCUUCCAGUACCUCCACUACUGUAUCCACACUGGAACCCAGACCAACUCCCAUAUAUACGUCAGAUUUCAGCAGCAUAUCCCCUUCCUCAUCUACUGAGAAAAUCACUACUUAUGAGUCAUCAUCCAAAUUGCAAACAACUAUGUUGACUGAAAAAACUGCUGAAAGUGAAACUUCCCCUGCUUCUCUAACAACUGAACAGUCUACUGAAUUACAUUCUAUACCAUCUGAGACUACCUCAAAUGAACCAUCUGAUUUUUCACGUCAAACGUCCCCAAAGGAAACAAUAAUGGAAACAUUGAGUACAAAUAUGAUUUCAGCUUCAGAAGCAACAAGCAGGUCUGAGCUAUCGACCUCUGAAUUUCAAAAAACCUUUGACAUUACAUCUAUAAAACCAUUGACUACUUUAUCUAAAUUUAUAUCAGAACCCAGCAUGUCUUUAGCCUCAUCUACUGACACUUCCAGUAUCUCUACUAUUGUAUCCACAUUGGAACCCAGACCAACUCCUAUAUAUACCUCAGAUUUCAGCAGCAUAUCCCCUUCCUCAUCUACUGAGAAAAUCACUACUUAUGAGUCAUCAUCCAAAAUGCAAACAACUAUGUUGACUGAAAAAACUUCUGAAAGUGAAAGUUCCCCUGCUUCUCUAACAACUGAACAGUCUACUGAAUUACAUUCUAUCCCAUCUGAGACUACCUCAAACGAACCAUCUGAUUUUUCACGCCUAACAUCACCAAAGGAAACAAUAAUGGAAACAUUGAGUACAGAUAUGAUUUCAGCUUCAGAAGCAACAAGCAGGUCUGAGCUAUCGACCUCUGAAUAUCAAACAACCUUCGAUAUUACAUCUACAAAAACAUUUACCACGUUAUCUACAUUUACAUCAGAACCCAGUAUGUCUUUAGCCUCAUCUACUGACACCUCUAGUACCUCUACUACUAUAUCCACAUUGGAACCCAGACCAACUCCUAUAUAUACCUCAGAUUUCAGCAGCAUAUCCCCUUCCUCAUCUACUGAGAAAAUCACAACUUAUGAGUCAUCAUCCAAAAUGCAAACAACUAUGUUGACUGAAAAAACUUCUGAAAGUGAAAGUUCCCCUGCUUCUCUAACAACUGAACAGUCUACUGAAUUACAUUCUAUCCCAUCUGAGACUACCUCAAACGAACCAUCUGAUUUUUCACGCCUAACGUCACCAAAGGAAACAAUAAUGGAAACAUUGAGUACAGAUAUGAUUUCAGCUUCAGAAGCAACAAGCAGGUCUGAGCUAUCGACCUCUGAAUAUCAAACAACCUUCGAUAUUACAUCUACAAAACCAUUUACCACAUUAUCUACAUUUACAUCAGAACCCAGCAUGUCUUUAGCCUCAUCUACUGACACCUCCAGUACCUCUACUAUUGUAUCCACAUUGGAACCCAGACCAACUCCAAUAUAUACCUCAGAUUUCAGCAGCAUAUCCCCUUCCUCAUCUUCUGAGAAAAUCACUACUUAUGAGUCAUCAUCCAAAUUGCAAACAACUAUGUUGACUGAAAAAACUUCUGAAAGUGAAAGUUCCCCUGCUUCUCUAACAACUGAACAGUCUACUGAAUUACAUUCUAUCCCAUCUGAGACUACCUCAAACGAACCAUCUGAUUUUUCACGCCUAACGUCACCAAAGGAAACAAUAAUGGAAACAUUGAGUACAGAUAUGAUUUCAGCUUCAGAAGCAACAAGCAGGUCUGAGCUAUCGACCUCUGAAUAUCAAACAACCUUCGAUAUUACAUCUACAAAACCAUUUACCACAUUAUCUACAUUUACAUCAGAACCCAGCAUGUCUUUAGCCUCAUCUACUGACACCUCCAGUACCUCUACUAUUGUAUCCACAUUGGAACCCAGACCAACUCCAAUAUAUACCUCAGAUUUCAGCAGCAUAUCCCCUUCCUCAUCUUCUGAGAAAAUCACUACUUAUGAGUCAUCAUCCAAAUUGCAAACAACUAUGUUGACUGAAAAAACUUCUGAAAGUGAAAGUUCCCCUGCUUCUCUAACAACUGAACAGUCUACUGAAUUACAUUCUAUCCCAUCUGAGACUACCUCAAACGAACCAUCUGAUGUUUCACAUUUAACAUCACCAAAGGGAACAAAAAUGGAAACAUUGAGUACAAAUAUGAUUUCACCUUCAGAAUCAACAAGCAGGUCUGGGCAAUCAACCUCUGAAUAUCAAACGACUUUUGACUUUACAUCUACAAAACCAAUGACUACAUUAUCUACAUUUUCAUCAGAACCCAGCAUGUCUUUAGUCUCAUCUACUGACGCUUCCAGUACCUCUACUACUGUAUCCACACUGGAACCCAGACCAACUCCCCUAUAUACAUCAGAUUUCAGCAGCAUAUCCCCUUCCUCAUCUUCUGAGAAAAUCACUACUUUCGAGUCAUCAUCCAAAUUGCAAACAACUAUGUUGACUGAAAAAACUUCUGAAAGUGAAAGUUCCCCUGCUUCUCUAACAACUGAACAGUCUACUGAAUUACAUUCUAUCCCAUCUGAGACUACCUCAAACGAACCAUCUGAUGUUUCACGUCUAACGUCGCCAAAGGAAACAAUAAUGGAAACAUUAAGUACAGAUAUGAUUUCAGCUUCAGAAGCAACAAGCAGGUCUGAGCUAUCGACCUCUGAAUAUCAAACAACCUUCGAUAUUACAUCUACAAAAACAUUUACCACAUUAUCUACAUUUACAUCAGAACCCAGUAUGUCUUUAGCCUCAUCAACUGACACCUCCAGUACCUCUACUACUAUAUCCACAUUGGAACCCAGACCAACUCCUAUAUAUACCUCAGAUUUCAGCAGCAUAUCCCCUUCCUCAUCUACUGAGAAAAUCACUACUUAUGAGUCAUCAUCCGAAAUGCAAACAACUAUGUUGACUGAAAAAACUUCUGAAAGUGAAAGUUCCCCUGCUUCUCUAACAACUGAACAGUCUACUGAAUUACAUUCUAUCCCAUCUGAGACUACCUCAAAUGAACCAUCUGAUUUUUCCCGUCAAACGUCGCCAAAGGAAACAAUAAUGGAAACAUUGAGUACAGAUAUGAUUUCAGCUUCAGAAGCAACAAGCAGGUCUGAGCUAUCGACCUCUGAAUAUCAAAAAACCUUUGACAUUACAUCUAUAAAACCGUUGACUACUUUAUCUAAAUUUACAUCAGAACCCAGCAUGUCGUUAGCCUCAUCUACUGACACCUCCAGUACCUCUACUAUUGUAUCCACAUUGGAACCCAGACCAACUCCCAUAUAUACCUCAGAUUUCAGCAGCAUAUCCCCUUCCUCAUCUUCUGAGAAAAUCACUACUUAUGAGUCAUCAUCCAAAUUGCAAACAACUAUGUUGACUGAAAAAACUUCUGAAAGUGAAAGUUCCCCUGCUUCUCUAACAACUGAACAGUCUACUGAAUUACAUUCUAUCCCAUCUGAGACUACCUCAAACGAACCAUCUGAUGUUUCACGUCUAACGUCGCCAAAGGAAACAAUAAUGGAAACAUUAAGUACAGAUAUGAUUUCAGCUUCAGAAGCAACAAGCAGGUCUGAGCUAUCGACCUCUGAAUAUCAAACAACCUUCGAUAUUACAUCUACAAAACCAUUUACCACAUUAUCUACAUUUACAUCAGAACCCAGCAUAUUUCAGCAGUAUAUCUCCUUCCUCAUCUACUGA